AUGACGAAGAAUAACUUGGCCUCUCAUUUGAAAUGGCUGCUGAAGCAAGGCCCCUCUUUGUAUCCAUCGCUAACUGCCGAGUCACCGGUGGUUGACCAACCUACUACCCGCUUUUCGCAACAACCUACACCACCGGAAGAAUUCGAGAAAUUGGACGAGAUCUUGGAGGACGCCGAUGAUGUGUCAGAUGAAACCAUGGCACGAUUAAUGCUGUGUCCUUCUUCUGAAAGCAAACCUCGCAUGCUUAUCCAGGCCGACAAAAAACACGAUGCGACGCCUUCGACCUCAAAAAAGCCGUCUUCGGCACGGAAUAUGGCUGCAGCAAAGUCCCACCUCGAUCCACAGCCAGCAUCCUCUUUCAAAAGUCCUCGGCCAACAGCCACCCCGCUCAAGUCAGAACGCAAGCUCGCGACAUCGCCAUUCGAUGCAAUCGAGUCCAUUGAUUUGACAGGAGAAAUAAAUCGUUUCCUGCCGUCCUCGGAAACAGCUGACUUUGGCGAACCGCGUCGUUUAUGGACCGAGGGAGCUGCAACACAAGAUGCUCCCUCCGAGAAGCGAGGAAAGAAGAGGAAGAGCGAGGAAUACACAUCGGAUCUGCUAUCACCGUCUAAGCACUCCACGAAGAUUCGAACACCUUCCAAGGCAAACAGACCACCUAUCUCUGGCAACACGGUUGCAGAAUUGCCCGCGGCGUCAAGCCGAGCUGCCCUCUCGAGUGGUACGAAACAGCCCAAGCAAGUCAUCGCUGAUUCCGACGAGGACGAAGAUGAUCAAUUCGAUAGUUGGCUUGGUGCCGAAGACGUUGAUGAUAUGAUUUUCGACCCGGAGCCGGCGUUAUACCCAACACUUCCUAAAUUGAGCUCCCAGGAAAGCCAGAAGUCGGAAUACCACAGCACAGCUUCACGACCUUCUCCCAGCAAUGCUCUGCCACCGCCGACGCGGAACCCAGAUCCAUCGCCUACGCCGAAAGCGCCCAGUUCGCAGGAAAGGGAUCCAGAAAUUCUGAAAUUUCUUGCUCUUCCCUCGACAUCACUUGCCCAGGCCAUAUCCAGCUUAAAGGAAACGCUUCAGAAGAAUGCGGAAAUUGUUUACGAGCAGGCCAUGGAAGGUCGGACAGCACCAGACUUGAUUGCCGCGAACAAGAAUCUGGUCACUCAGAUACAGUCCAUUGAGUCUUUGAAGACCAGUCAGGACUCCUACAAAAAAUGCCUUUCCCGAAAAGACGAUCUCAAGAAGAGCCUCAUGCGCGUGAUAUCCCAGGGCAUCGACCCGACAACAAUGCCCGAGCUAGCACAAAGUCGAGCCGUAGAAGCCGACCUGGAGAAAAUCGAGGCCAAUAUCCGCGAACUUCUCCCCAGUUCCAGGGUCUUCGAUAUUGCGCCGGCAUCUAGAUCGAUUGAUAUCGAACCUCCAAUGACGACUUCGCGUACAAAACUGAAUCACCAAUCCCCUCCUGAGGAUCUGUUCGACGAUUCAAUUAUUUCAAUCAACUCCCCGCCUGCUCCACCCCGUUCGAUGUAUCGGAGCGAGCCACCCCCGAGGGAACAGUCUUCAUUUGCAAAUGUUAGAGAGACGAGAGACUACUCGACUGAGAGGCUUCACGAUAAACAAGACAAAUUUGUUGCUCGCAACAUGGGAUCCCCCCCAUUUGCGACCACAAUGGAUUUUGACGACUUUGAUUGGAAUGCCAGCGAUGAUGAGAUACUAGAGGUGGCAGGAAGUUUCGACGAUCGUGCGGCCCCAGAACCCCAGAACCGGAAAGUAUUUGCGGAAACGUCGGGCAACUCAUCUCGCAUGCCGGCCCCAAAGAAGUCACCAGGCCGUAGCACUUUCUGGUCCAAUCACCCUUGGUCUCAAGAAGUGAAAACGGUUCUCAAGGAUCGAUUCCAUCUCCGCGGGUUCCGUCCGAAUCAGCUCGAAGCAAUCGAUGCGACUCUUGGCGGAAAAGACACAUUCAUCUUGAUGCCCACGGGUGGAGGCAAAUCACUAUGCUACCAACUACCUUCUAUUGUAAUGAGUGGAAAGACCCAUGGCGUGACGCUUGUGGUUUCGCCGCUGUUGAGUCUGAUGCAAGAUCAAGUGGACCACCUGCGUAAACUGAACAUCAGUGCCUACCUGAUGAACGGCGAGUCUGACAGAUCCGAGCGAUCAUGGAUUCUUGGUCAAUUGUCAAAUGCCGGGGGAGAGGGAUUGGAGCUGUUGUAUAUCACCCCAGAGAUGAUCAACAAGAACCAGACGCUCGUGCGAGCUCUAGAGAAACUUCACCGUCGGAACAAACUCGCACGGUUGGUAAUUGAUGAGGCACACUGCGUGAGCCAGUGGGGACACGACUUUCGACCAGACUACAAGGAAUUGGGUGAGGUUCGGAACAAGCUUCCUGGCGUCCCAGUUAUGGCUUUGACUGCUACUGCCACAGAGAAUGUGAAAGUGGAUGUGAUUCACAAUCUGAAGAUGACCGGAUGCGAAACCUUUUUGCAAAGCUUCAAUCGUCCGAACCUCACAUAUGAAGUGCUUCCAAAGGGCAAAAACAAUGAAGUCCUCGCCGGUAUCGCAGAAAUAAUCACCAAAUCCUACCGCAAUCAAUGCGGUAUUGUCUACUGUCUGUCGCGCAGUACAUGCGAGAAUGUCGCAAAAGAUCUUCGCGAGAAGCAUCGCCUUAAGGCCAGCCAUUAUCAUGCAGGUAUGAAAUCAGAUGAAAAGGCCAAUGUGCAGAACAAGUGGCAGAUGGGCGAAUGUCAAGUUAUUGUUGCCACGAUUGCAUUUGGCAUGGGAAUUGACAAACCAGAUGUACGAUUUGUUAUCCAUCACAGCAUUCCCAAGAGUCUAGAGGGUUACUACCAGGAAACAGGCCGUGCUGGUAGAGAUGGCAAGCGUUCUGGUUGUUAUCUUUACUACGGCUACAAGGAUGCGGCGACCCUUAAACGGAUGAUCGAUUCCGGCGACGGCAGUUAUGAGCAAAAGGCCCGACAGAAGCAUAUGCUCCGUAAUGUGGUUCAGUUCUGCGAGAACCGCAGCGACUGUAGACGUGUGCAAGUACUUGCUUACUUCAAUGAAUACUUCCGCCGAGAGGACUGUGGCAGCGCUUGCGAUAGUUGCAAGUCUGAUUCGGUGUUUGAGUCGCAUGAUUUCUCACAGCAUGCAGGCUGGAUUAUCAAAAUUGUCCGGCACUUUCAAAUUAACUUGAAAGAAAAGGUCACUGUACUCUACUGCGUGGAUGUUCUUCGUGGAGACUUGAAGAAGGCCAAAUCUGCCUCCCACAAGCAACUUCCCUGGUAUGGCAACGGCUCAGACCUUGACCGAGGGGAAGCGGAGCGGCUAUUCUACCGUUUAUUGGGUGAAGAUGCUCUCGCGGAAGACAAUGUGAUCAACGGGAAGGAUUUCGCUGUCCAAUACAUCAUACUUGGCCGACGUGCCACCGAAUAUGAGACUGGUCAGCGGAAAAUGAUGUUGCAAGUGCGCGCAUCUCCAAAGAGCAAGGCUCGACCUUCAAAGACGACACAAAAAGGGAAGUCUGGCAACCAACCUCAUCCUCAGUCCACCAUGGUCUCGUCUCCUGUCCAAUCGGCCAAUGAUCGCCGCCAAGCGCGUACCCAGAAACGAAGCAUUCCCGUGAAUGACUCUGAGGAUGAUAGCGAUGGAUUUGAACCAGUUCGAGUAGCUGGUGGGGCUGGGAACCAUACUUCCCGUGAAAUGGGACCCCCGAUUACGAGCGAUCAAAGAUUGGAUCGACUUGACCAUCUGCAUCGAGCGGUAGUGGAGGAUUUCGAGGUCACGGCAAAGAGAUAUCUUCAGGAGAUUGUUGUUGAGAAAGGCCUUCGUUCUCAACCAUUCUCAGACCAGCAAUUGCGCGAGAUGGCCAUCUCAUUCCCGAGAGACAUCCAGCAACUCUCUGCCAUACCAGGUAUUGACCGUGACAAGGUGGCUCGAUAUGGCCGUCAGAUUUUGAAGCUGGUCGACAAUGCCAGGCGACGGUACCAGGAAUUGACACAGGAUGCGGAAACCAGCGGAAUUGUCCCAGACCCAAAUCACCAUAAUGUCAUCAACCUCAGCAGUAGUGACGAGUAUAGCGAUGACGAUUUAUUCGCGGAUCAGGCAUCUAACUUCGAUCUUGAUUAUCCCGUUCAAGACAACACCCGAGAUGUCACAAGUCGCUAUUUCCCCCCUCCGCCUUCGCCCAGCUUCGACCCUGGUGACGACGUUGGGGCAGGCCCCUCCAACUCCAAGGGCAAACGUUCCAAUUACAAGCGAGCUCCCCGGCGCAAAAACGGUGGCUCCGCGGGCAAUUUCAAGGCUAAAGGUGCUAGGUCCAAGGCCAAAUCUGGUGGUGACCGACCAGCCAGCCGGUCAGCAUCUGCGCCUCGCAAGACCAGCAAAGCGAAAACCUCCAAAUCCACAAUUGGAAUGAUGCCCAUUUAA